GGCGCGAUAAGCGGGACGCAUAGGAUCCACCCGAGUCUGCCAUCAAAGCUCUUCUGUCAUUGAGCCUCGGCAUUCCGUGACGCUUCUGCGUCUCCGUCGAUUUUCAUCUUCUCAAUAUUGCCACAAAUAUAGAGUAGAUCCACUCAUCUACUGUUAAGUGUUCUUGAUCCAUCAUGGCACUGUCCAGGCUAAAGACCGCGGUCUGGGGCCCUCCCUCGGUCGAGCGGUCUCUACUCAUCAAGCUGGACAGCACGGUCCUCAUCUACUUCUCGCUCAUCUGGUUCCUCUUCGGCAUCAAUCGCGCCAGCUAUAGCACCGCCUAUAUCAGCGGCAUGAAGGAGGAUGUUGGUUUUCAAGGCAAGGACUUCAACUACAUGUCCACUAUUUAUCUGGUUUGCUACGCAGUCAUGCAGAUGCCCUCCACUGCGGCUUUGACCAUUGUACGGCCGAGAUAUGUCUUCGUGCUGGCAAACACGGUGUGGAGCGUCUUAACCCUCAUCACCUUCCGGGUCGAGCACGUGUGGCAGGUAUUCGUGCUCAAUGGCUUCGAAGGAGCGUUUUCCGCUAUUGCCUACGUCGGGGCGCAUUUCAUAUACGGUUCUUGGUACAAACAGUCCGAGCUAGGGACCCGGGCUGCUGUGUUUUGUGGCUUCGGCAACUUGGGCAACAUGGCCGGAGGGUGGAUCCAGGCUGCCUUGCUCGCAUCACUUAGUGGGAAAGGCUCAUUACCACCGUGGAGAUGGAUGUUUAUAGUUGUCUCGGUGAUGACGAUACCUUUCGCACUGUUUGGUUGGUUCGCCAUCCCUGAUCUACCACACCACAAGUCAGCACGCUUCUUGACUGAAGAGGAGAAGGAGUGCGCGAUCCGGCGCCUUGGCGAAUCCCGAAAGACCACUUGGGACCUGAGUGUCUUCCGGCGCGUGCUUUUGAGCUGGCAAUUCUGGCUGCUUCCCACCGUGUUCAUGCUCUACUCCCUCUGUGUCCAGUCGCUCACCAACAACGUGAUGCAACUCUGGAUGGCUUCGAGGGGCUACAGCGUUAUCCAACAGAACAACUAUCCUACUGGCAAAUAUGCGGUGGCCAUUGUUGCGACGCUGAUCUAUACCGUUAUAUCUGACCGUAUUCGAUCUCGCUGGGAGUGUUCCCUGGCUAUCGGCGUGACUUUCGUUGUUGGAAGUGCCAUACUUGUUGCACACCCUGCCAACGAUGCUGGCUAUUUCUUUGCCUUCUACCUUUUAGGGUCGACAUUUGCUCCACAGGCGCUUUGGUACACAUGGAUGGCUGACUUGACGGCGCAAGAUGUUCAGCUGAGAGCCAUCACGACCGGCUUCAUGAACUCAUUCGAUUUUGCCUUUGUGAGCUGGUGGCCAAUCGUUUUCUAUCCAGUCACGGAUGCCCCUGACUACAAUAAAGGAUAUAUCUCCAGUCUCAUCACCGGCGCUCUAACAAUUCCGAUAAUACUUUUGAUAGCAUGGUUAGAAAAGAAGGGUAGGGCGAAGGGGGAGAUCGGAAGGGUCUUUGAAGAGGAUCAAGAUGGACCGCCCUCCGACGACGAAACCGCUCCUGUGAACAGGGUCAAAGACAACAACAGCGUCACUAAUACGUUGCCUGCUCCACCACUGGCAACUUGAGCAUAGGUACUGCCGCACGGACAAUCAUCCAUUCAUCAACGCAACCGAGCUUGACCAUAGACAUACUGCGCUCGAGAACAUGAUUAGAACCAAGAGGAUAGAGUUCAAAUGAUUUACACAUC